AUGGAUGAUGUGGCUGCUCGUUUGUGUGGUGCACCUUUUGCCCCGGUAGGCAGGUCCAUCUUCCCUACCCGAGCUUGGUGUAGUCCAUCCCACAUUUUUCGAAACAACUGUAGCUUGGAUCAUCAUCGGGGUACAACACCAGUUACAACCGACCGUCCGCCCUCAACCUUCGCCCAUCUUGAAAAUUUCAACAAUUAUCAGCAAAAAUGA